AUGGAUAGAUUUCAAGAAGAAAAUCGAAUCAUUGACCAUCCUCUGGAUUCUGAUAUCCUCUGUGGAAAAAACAAGGCAUGUCUGGAUCAUCCAGGGAGUGUCGAAUUCCGAUCGAUCAUCGAACAAAAUGCUCAGCGCUAUCGGGAAGCUGAUUCAAAGUUUAUGAAAAUGGAAAUAACCAAACAGUUAUACAACCAGAUCCGUCGUCAGUCAGUGCGUUUUCUCAAGUUCAAUCAUUCGAAAAAGAAUGGCUGGCAAGAGCUUACAAGCUCUCAAGUAAGGGAUAAGAUUGGGCAUGCACUGCGGUUUGUCAACCGUAGAAAACGCAGAAAGAAUCGUGCCACCAAGAAGAUUUCCGAGGCAGCCAAGGUUCCAACGCACCGACGAAGGAUGUCAUAUGAUUCCUCAACCACGCAAUCAACGUCAUCCGAGUCCAUGGUGAGUUCAGACGAUGCGGACGAGACGAUGGAUAGCAACCAGGUUACUCCUGCACGAAAAGCACACGGCCUGCUGACGACAAAUUCACGGAACGACCAAUUUGUCCCCGUCACAAAGAUGCUUCGUGGUCUCAGCAAGAGUCUGCUGAGUAAAAUCCCUCAGACUAUUUCGUUCAAUGAGGGAUGGCAGUCACAGACAAACAUCCAGAAUUGCCUAGAAAUGGGGGAAUUCUCGGAAAGGGAUGUGUUGAGUAUGAUGAGGCAACCGGUUAUGGACUUUGAGCCCCAAUCCGUGAAACCAGUUUGGCUUUAAACUACCGUACCAAACAAGCAACUGCGCACAGAUCAGGCAGAAUGGUCACUGCACUCCUGCUUCCUGCCUCCACAGUCUGAUCGUCCCUCCAUGUCGCUCUUCAAACGGCAAUCUGGGGGGGGGGACAUCUUAGCUGCCUUUACAACAACCAGUAACUUAUAGAUACAUAUCAGUAAAUCACUGGAGUAAGACCCCGCAUUCACCUGCUCA